GCUUCAAGUACACUCACACUCGCUAUUCUUUCCCCUUCUCAACAAAAAGUCGUCCCUCGUUCACACGGCUUACUUUACGCUACUUUCGAUCUUCUACGUAUUCGUAAUACCCAAACACCCUCGUAAUUACCACCCAAACCGCCAACAUGCGCUUCAACAACAUCCUUCUUGCCGGCGCCUUCGCCGUUGUGUACGUGCAGGAGACCACCGCCACCACCGUCCCCGGAGUGCCCACUCCCACUGUUGUUGAUGCCGCUGCCUCUUCGGACGCUGCCGCUAUCAACAAGUGCCUCAAGGAGUGCGACGUCACCGACUCGACCUGCCAGGCUCGCUGCGUCUCCGUCCCUGCCCCCAGCGACGCCAGGCCAUCGCCCUCGACAAGUGCGUCGCGUGACUGCGACCAGGGUGACGGUUCCGAGGCCGAGACCAAUGCCUUCGCCCAGUGCCGUGACCAGUGCAUCAAGGAGCACUACUUCGACGCUGACUCCACCAACGGUGCCCCUGCCGACAACGGCAACGCCGCUGCCACGCAGACCUCUGGCGCUGCUGCCGGUACCCAGACCGGUACCACCACUGGCACCGCUGCCACCGGCUCCUCUACCGGCACCGCCACUGACUCUGACAACGCCUCCGGCACCGCUGGUUCUGAUGCCUCUGAGACCACUGGCGCUGACUCCGGUGCCAGCCUCCUGGUCAGCUCUUCUCUGGGCUUCUUCGGCCUCGUCGCUGCUUUCUUCCUGUAAAAUGGCGAAGCAGAUAGUUGGGCGUCAGUGGGUGGAUUUUGGGGGUUCAUUAAUGUGCAUAUCUUGGAUGAAGGGUAUGUCGAGAUGAGCGGGUGAGCGAGUUGGGUGUCGGGGUACAUGAUUUGAACAUGUCGGUACCAGACAGACCAAGAAGAAUAUACGAAAAAAAGCUUCAAAUUUGUUCAUGCCAA